GUGCCUCUACCCCGCCGCUGAACCGAUCGCUUCUAUCAGGAGACUGCUGUUCACCGUGAAACGUAUUGAGUAUUUCUAGUCUUCCCCUCGCUCAUUUAAAAGAACAUCGUCCAUAAUGUCUCUCUCCAACAAGCUUGCCAUCACCGAUGUCGACCUCAAGGACAAGCGCGUCUUGAUCCGUGUCGACUUCAACGUCCCUCUCGAUGCGGAAAAGAACAUCACCAACAACCAGCGUAUCGUCGGUGCUCUGCCUACCAUCAAAUAUGCUAUUGAGAAUGGUGCUAAGGCCGUUGUGCUCAUGUCCCACCUCGGCCGCCCCGAUGGCAAGGUCAACCCCAAGUACAGCCUGAAGCCUGUCGCUGCUGAGCUGGAGAAGCUGCUUGGCAAGAGCGUCAUCUUCGCCGAGAACUGCGUCGGCAAGGAUACUGAAGAGACUGUGAACAAGGCCACCGGCGGCCAGAUCAUCCUCCUUGAGAACCUGCGUUUCCACGCCGAGGAGGAGGGUAGCUCCAAGGAUGCCGAGGGCAAGAAGGUCAAGGCCGACAAGGAGAAGGUCGAAGAGUUCCGUAAGGGAUUGACUGCUCUUGGUGAUAUCUACAUCAACGACGCUUUCGGAACUGCCCACCGUGCUCACAGCUCGAUGGUUGGUGUCGACCUGCCCCAGAAGGCUUCUGGCUUCCUGGUGAAGAAGGAACUUGAGUACUUCGCCAAGGCUUUGGAAAGCCCCCAGCGCCCCUUCCUGGCCAUUCUGGGAGGUGCCAAGGUCUCUGACAAGAUCCAGCUGAUCGACAACCUGUUGCCCAAGGUCAACAGUUUGAUCAUCACUGGUGCUAUGGCCUUCACUUUCAAGAAGACCCUCGAGAACGUCAAGAUCGGCAACAGCUUGUUUGACGAGGCCGGUAGCAAGAUUGUCGGCGAUAUCGUUGAGAAGGCCAAGAAGAACAACGUCGAGAUUGUUCUGCCCGUCGACUACGUGACUGCUGACAAGUUCGCCGCUGAUGCCAAGACUGGCUAUGCCACCGAUGCUGACGGUAUCCCCGAUGGAUACAUGGGUCUGGAUGUCGGUGAGAAGAGUGUUGAGCUGUACAAGAAGACCAUUGCCGAGGCCAAGACCAUCCUCUGGAACGGCCCUCCCGGUGUCUUCGAAUUGGAGCCAUUCGCCAACGCUACCAAGAAGACCCUCGAUGCUGCUGUUGCGGCUGCACAGUCUGGUGCCAUUGUCAUCAUCGGUGGUGGUGACACCGCAACCGUCGCCGCCAAGUACAAGGCUGAGGACAAGCUCAGCCACGUCUCCACCGGUGGUGGUGCUUCCUUGGAGCUUCUUGAGGGCAAGGAGCUCCCUGGUGUUUCUGCUCUGUCAAGUAAGUAA